AUGCUAGGUAAAAAGAUGGUAUCAUUGAAGAAACUAGCCAAGAAGGUAAAGCCUAGUAGUAGUGGAGGUGAAACUAACAAUGAUCCUCCACACCAUGAGUGCUUGUUGAAGGGGUAUGAAGAAGAGUUUUGUACAAGCACAACUCCAACUGGUUAUUUUGCAAUUUAUGUUGGUGAUGAGCAUCAAAGAUUUGUGGUUCCUACAAGCUAUCUUUCUCACCCUUUGUUCAAGAUGCUGCUUGAGAAAUCUUACAAUGAGUUUGGUUUUCAGCAAAGGAAUGGCUUGGUUGUUCCUUGUAGUGUGGAUGCAUUUCAAGAGGUUGUGAAUGCUAUUGAAUGUAACAAUGGCAAGUUUCACUUAGGGAAGAUUUUUCAUGAUUUUGUUUGA